GGUGAGGAAUGUUGGAUCAGACUGUCUGAGAGGUUGGCAGAGCAGGCAGCAGAGCAGAGCAGGGUGCUCCAGCCCCAGCCCCAGCCCUGUCACCGUGCCCUCUGGGGCCCCAGCCCUGUCACCGUGCCCUCUGGGGCCCCAGCACUGUCACCAUGUCCUCUGGGGCUCUAGGGACGGCAGUAGCCCCCUCCAAGUAGAAGGGCACAGCUAACUCAUGGGAAAAUGCUCUCUCGUAAACCCCUUUUCAAUGUCACCACCACUCCCAGCACCAGCACCACCCCUCCCCCCGUUGAACUGCUCCUGUUACCAUCACUUCAUUCGUUUUCACUGGAGGAAAUGGAGCCACAUUCUCUAUCAAAAGGCCUGAUGUUGUCAUCCAAUGACUGUAUAAAUAAGGGGUGUCAUCUGAUAGGCAGAACUCUCUGUAGAGUGUAGAUUCUAUACUAUGUAAAGGCUGGCCAGUCCCGGUUGUUUUGAAUGAGGCUGGAGGUAAUGUGUCCCUAAGGAGGGAGUCCAAAAGCAGAUAUCUCCACUCAAGUCGAUCCUGGUAGUUUUGAGUCUUUCACCCAUGUGUCCUGCCACCUGGAGCAUUAAGGCUGGAGGUAGUGUGUCCCUGAGGAGGGACGUCCCAUAACAAGGAUCUCCACUCUGGGGCUAGGUCUGACAUGUCCAGUCGGAUGAAGCUAAAAUCAGACAUCCCCUCCCCCCUUUGGGUUGUGAAGGCAGGGGACCUGUGUGGGGUUUUUAAAGAAUGAAAAUGGACCAAGUUCAAAUGAGCCAGGGUCAGUUAAAAUAGGUAUUAUGUGAAACUAUACUGCCUUCACAACCCAAAGGGGGGAGGGGAUGUCUGAUUUUAGACCUAGCCCCAGAGUGGAGAUCCCUGUUCUGGGACGCCCUCCUCAGGGACACACUACCUCAAGCCUCAAUGCUCCAGGUUGCAGGACACCUGGGUGAAAGACUCAAAACUACCAGGAUCGACUUGAGUGGAGAUUUGACCAGGGCCCAUAGGGCUGUGGUCAAAUGUAGUGCAUUAUGUAGGGAAUAUGGUGUCAUUUGGGAUGGACCCUAUCUGAGUGUUUAAAAAAAUCAGACUGUACUGCGUCAUCUGAGAGACUUCCAAAUGUCCUAAGCUCUCCCUUCCAAAUGUCAAACAAAGAUUGCCAGAGCUCAUGUGAACUCAGAUAAGCAACCCAGUUGUUGAGAAAGAUAUGACUUAUACAACUGAACUUGCUGUAACAUGCAUUUGACCUGUCUUUAGUCCCUUAAUCUCAAUACUGCUGCUACUUAUGUGGUGUUUCAGCUAUUGAUAUACUGCCACUUUCGUCCGAAUCUUAUGUCAAUAUGCCAACAUAUAGGCUACCGAAACAUGCUGAAGUCUCAUGAAAGCGAGAAUAAUUUUAGUUUACUACUUCCAAAGGCAAGGUUGUGUUAUUGUGACCCAGAUAGAUCCACCAAUCAGGGCCUCUAUGUAUAUGUACAGUACCAGUCAAAAGUUUGGACACACCUACUCAUUCAAGGGUUUUUCUUUAUUUUUACGAUUUUUUACAUUGUAGAAUAAUAGUGAAGACAUCAAAACUAUGAAAUAACACAUAUGGAAUCAUGUAGUAACCAAAAAAGUGUUAAACAAAUGACAAUAUAUUUUGUAUUUGAUAUUCUUCAAACAGCCACCCUUUGCCUUGAUGACAGCUUUGCACACGCUUGGCAUUCUCUCAACCAGGAAUGCAUUUCAAUUAACAGGUGUGCCUUGUUAAAAGUUAAUUUGUGGAAUUUCUUUCCUUCUUAAUGCGUUUGAGCCAAUCAGUUGUGUUGUGAAAAAGUAGGGGGGGUAUACAGAAGAUAGCCCUAUUUGGUAAAAGACCAAGUUCAUAUUAUGGCAAGAACAGCUCAAAUAAGCAAAGAGAAAAAACAUGAAAAAAAAUUACUUUAAGACAUGAAGGUCAGUCAAUACUGAACAUUUCAAGAACUUUGAAAGUUUCUUCAAGUGCAGUCGCAGAAACCAUCAAACGCUAUGAUGAAACGGGCUCUCAUGAGGACCGCCACAGGAAUGGAAGACCCAGAGUUACCUCUGCUGCAGAGGAUAAGUUCAUUAGAAUUACCAGCCUCAGAAAUUGCAGCCCAAAUAAAUGCUUCACAGAGUUCAAGUAGCAGACACAUCUAUAAUAAUAAUAAUAUAAUAUGCCAUUUAGCAGACGCUUUUAUCCAAAGCGACUUACAGUCAUGUGUGCAUACAUUUUUACAUAUGGGUGGUCCCGGGGAUCGAACCCACUACCCUGGCGUUACAAGCGCCAUGCUCUACCAGCUGAGCUACAGAGGAGUAUGCAUCUCAACAUCAACUGUUCAGAGGGGACUGUGUGAAUCAGGCCUUCAUGGUCGAAUUGCUGCAAAGAGACCACUACUAAAGGACACCAAUAAGAAGAAGAGACCUGCUUGGGCCAAGAAACACGAGCAAUGGACAUUAGACCGGUGGAAAUUUGUCCUUUGGUCUGGAGUCCAAAUUGGAGAUUUUUGGUUAAAACCGCUGUGUCUUUGUGAGACGCAGUGUGGGUGACCGGAUGAUCUCCGCAUGUGUAGUUCCCACCAUGAAGCAUGGAGGAGGAGGUGUUAUGGUGUGGGGGUGCUUUGCUGGUGACACUGUCUGUGAUUUAUUUAGAAUUCAAGGCACACGUAACCAGCAUGGCUACCACAGCAUUCUGCAGCGAUACGCCAUCCCAUUUGGUUUGGGCUUAGUGGGACUAUCAUUUGUUUUUCAACAGGACAAUGACCCAACACACCUCCAGGCUAUUUUACCAAGAAGGAGAGUGAUGCAGUGCUGCAUCAGAUGACCUGGCCUCCACAAUCCCCCGACCUCAACCCAAUUGAGAUGGUUUGGGAUGAGUCGGACGGCAGAGUGAAGGAAAAGCAGCCAACAAGUGCUCAGCAUAUGUGGGAACUCCUUCAAGACUGUUGGAAAAGCAUUACAGGUGAAGCUGGUUGAGAGAAUGCCAAGAGUGUACAAAGCUGUCAUCAAGGCAAUUUCAUAGUUUUGAUGUCUUCACUAUUAUUAUACAAUGUAGAAAAUUGUAAAAAUAAAGAAAAUCCCUUGAAUGAGUAGGUGUGUCCAAACAUUUGACUGGUACUGUGUCUGCUGUGUGAUUGGUCUGGUCCAGUGUGUGUGAGAUGGAAGCCAUCAGGCCAGUGCCAUGGAGCGUGACAGAGGAAAAGGUCAUAUGAUUGAUAAAGCUACGGAUUGAAACACUGUGGGUGGGAACAGCCCUGUUGUUACUCCCCAACCCAUUACCCAUUAACUAUUUCUGUGGUUUCAAACUGUGGCCUAAACGUGGUGUUUGUGACCUAUUCACAAAGAGUUUCCAAGUAGGUGUGCUGAAAUAGGAGCAGUUUGGCCUUUAAAUCAUAAUAAGUAAGAUUACAUGGACAGGGGGGACCUGCCCUAGAUCAGCACUCCUACUCUGAGACACUUUUUGAAUACAAAAAGGUCUGUGGGAGCCUGCUGCUGCUGAGUGUCUGUGUGAUAAGUGAGCUGGGGAGGCGGUAGUUUUUAGGGGCUGUUGCCAACUCUCACCCUGGCUGCAUCUCACUUUCAUCCUAAGUGUACCAGAUACACUAUAUCAGUCUAAAUAUCACAGUACACUCUUAGAAAAAAAGGGUUCCAAAAGGGUUAUUUGCGGAGGGAUUUGGUUCUACCAAGAACCGUUUUGAUCUGAAGAACCCUUUUUGGAAGACAGGUUUUUUCUAAGGCAAAGGGUUCUACCUAGAACCUUUAACAUCUUAAGAACCGUUUUCGGAAGAAAGGUUUCUUUGAUGAUUCUUUGGAAGGCAAGAAGGGUUCUACGUAGAACCAUAUAUCAUAUUUCCCAGCAUGCGCUAUUGCAGGGUCAUUUUCAGAAUUGUUUGUUUUAAUAUCUGUGUUUUUGCAUUGAUUGGUUAAUAAAUGUUAUGCUACACAAAGAUAAAUAGCAUAACAUUUUCUAAACUAAUCCAAUAAUUUAGUAGUUGGACUUAUUGCACCCGUUACUGAGAUGGUUGUUCCAGUUUAGAUGAUUGAGGUAGUCUCAGUAUUCAUUUUUCCCUACCCUGGCAGUCAUUCUGAAUGCAGGUUGCGGGUGAUUAAAAAAUUCCACUUGUUGGAUAUCGUAACUCAUUGCAAGCUAGUAUAAUGUGACUUGCAGGCCUGACGUGGCCUGUACACCAGGAGUUUCCCAACACCACUGUGUUAGGAUAUACAGUUGAAGUCGGAAGUUUACAUACACCUUAGCCAAAUACAUUUAAACACAGUUUUUUUGUGUGUUUUUUUUCCUGUCUUAGGUCAGUUAGGAUCACCACUUUAUUUUAAGAAUAAAAAAAUAAUAAUAAUAAUAUUUCAUCACAUUCCCAGUGGGUCAGAAGUUUACAUACACUCAAUUAGUAUUUGGUAGCAUUGCCUUUCAAUUGUUUAACUUGGGUCAAACUCUUCGGGUAGCCUUCCACAAGCUUCCCACAAUAAGUUGGGUGAAUUUUGGCCCAUUCCUCCUGACAGAGCUGGUGUAUUUUAUUUUCUAUAGGAUUGAGGUCAGGGCUUUGUGAUGGCCACUCCAAUACCUUGACUUUGUUGUCCUUAAGACAUUUUGGCACAACUUUGGAAGUAUGCUUGGGGUCAUUGUCCAUUUGGAAGACCCAUUUGCGACCAAGCUUUAACUUCCUGACUGAUGUCUUGAGAUGUUGCUUCAAUAUAUUCACAUAAUUUUCCUUCCUCAUGAUGCCAUCUAUUUUGUGAAGUGCACCAGUCCCUCCUGCAGCAAAGCACCCCCACAGGAUGAUGCUGCCACCCCCGUGCUUCACGGUUGGGAUGGUGUUCUUCGGCUUGAAAGCAUCCCCUUUUUCCUCCAAACAUAACGAUGGUCAUUAUGGCCAAACAGUUAUAUUUUUCUUUCAUCAAACCAUAGGACAUUUCUCCAAAAAGUACGAUCUUUGUCCCUAUGUGCAGCUGCAAACCGUAAUCUGUCUUUUUUAUGGUGGUUUUGGAGCAGUGGCUUCUUCCUUGCUGAGCGGCCUUUCAGGUUAUGUCGAUAUAGGACUCGUUUUACUGUGGAUAUAGAUACUUUUGUACCUGUUUCCUCCAGCAUCUUCACAAGGUCCUUUGCUGUUGUUCUGGAAUUGAUUUGCACUUUUCGCACCAAAGUACGUUCAUCUCUAGGAGACAGAACGCGUCUCUUUCCUGAGCUGUAAUACGGCUGUGUGGUCCCAUGGUGUUUGUACAGAUGAACGUGGUACCUUCAGGCAUUUGAAAAUUGCUCCCAAGGAUGAACCAGACUUGUGGAGGUCUAUAGGGCGGCAGGUAGCUUAGUGGGUAAGAGUGUAGUGCCAGUAACCGAAAGGUCGCUGGUUCCAAUCCCCGAGCCGACUAGGUGAAAAAUCUGUCGAUGUGCCCUUAAGCAAGGCACUUAACCCUAAUUGCUCAUGUAAGUCGCUCUGGAUAAGAGCGUCUGCUAAAAUGUACAAUUAUUUUUCUGAGGUCUUGGCUGAUUUCUUUUGAUUUUCCCAUGAUGUCAAGCAAAGAGGCACUGAGUUUGAAGGUAGGCCUUGAAAUAGAUUCACAGGUACACCUGCAAUUGACUCAAAUGAUGUCAAUUAGCCUAUCAGAAGCUUCUAAAGCAUGACAUAAUUUUCUGGAAUUUUCCAAGCUGUUUAAAGGCACAGUGUAUAUAAACUUAGUGUAUAUAAACUUCUGACCCACUGGAAUUGUGAUACAGUGAAUUAUAAGUGAAAUAAUCUGUCUGUAAACAAUUGUUGGAAAAAUUACUUGUGUCAUGCACAAAGUAGAUGUCCUAACCGACUUGCCAAAACUAUAGUUUGUUAACAAGAAAUUUGUGGAGUGGUUGAAAAACAAGUUUUAAUGUCUCCAACCUAAGUGUAUGUAAACUUCCAACUUCAACUAUAACUAGGCCCUCAAAGUAAGGCCUUAUGAUAUACUGUAUGUAAUGUAUUGUCAUAAAGAAAUACAUUUUAAAGGAUAAUAAGGCUGGUGGAACUGUUCAUAGAGGGUUCUAGGAAGAACUCUCCAAAGAUAAGAGUCCUGGGUAGAAUCUUUCAUAGAGGGUUCUAAACAGAACCCUUUGUAGAUGGUUCUAGGUAGAACCAUAUACAGGGGGUUCUAUGAAGAACCCUACAUAGAGGGUUAUAGGUAGAACCCUCUGCAAAGGGUUCUAUCUAUCAACAAAAAGGGUUCCCCUAUCGGACAAACCGAUGAACCCUAGAUGGUUCUACUUAGCACCUUUUUUUCUAAGAGUGUAGAUGUAAUAACACAGGCAGUUGACAAUGUGGAAGAGAUAGCUCUCUGCAGCUUGAUUAUGCAAGGCAAAUGUUUACUUUAGGCAUCCUCACUAGAGUCAUGUAUUGAAAUAUUUUGAUAUUACAGACCAUUAUUAGGUGCAACAGGUGUCACUAUUAUUUACGAUCUCCAACACAUCAAUGUAGGCUGAGCCUCUCGUAGGUGUUUGUCUUGUUUUAGACUACAGAACAAGCCAGUGCUGGGGCUGGCAGUUUGACAAUGGUAGUCAGUCAGAGCUUCAAUUAAAUCUCAACAUAAUAGAACAGUGUAGGCUUGGCACUUGGCUCACUCAUCUACAUUGGCAGAGUGGUAUCCUACAGUUCCCCCUUUGAAGACAUAAGAAGAAGGAAGGACUAAAAAGAAGGAAGGAAGAAGAAGGACUAGAAAAGGAAAAUAAGCCGGCAGUAAAGGCAGGAUGAAGUCCAAGGCUUAUCACAGUCUCUCCACUACAUGUAGGGUACAUUCUGUUCACUUUGUACCAGAGAUGGUGUUCCCCUGCCCACGUUGUAGGCAGAAACAUGGGUUGUUUUCUGUACUAUUUUGUGUGUGUGUGUUUUCUGUACAGUAUUCUGGCUUUCAGUCAGUUGAUCCUGUUGCUCAAUACUUUUAACAGCUUGUGUUUUAGGAUGAUGUGUUAUUAUAAACCACAUGUCUAUUGGUUCUGAAUCCUCCACUAUUAUUCACAUAAUAACAGUGUCCUUAAAACAGACUGGAAGGAGUUGAUUUGAUCUCAGAUUGAAAACAGAUAGGGUAUGGUGAUGCUCCUCUUAUGGGAUGUUAGGCUGUGUCCCAAAUGGCAGCCUAUUCCCUAUACAGUGCACUAUAUGGGGAGUAGGGUGCCAUUUGGGACAUACCCUAAGUCAUUUUGCUGAGGGUUGGUUUGUUGGUUAGUUGUGGGUCUGAGUUUUGGAGACUGUGUGUGCCCAAUGAGGCGAGGCAUGGCUCUGUGUCAAUCCCCUGUUGUUUUUAAUGAGGCACUAGUCCCGUGGUAAAUAUUUAAAGAUGUAUGCGAGCAGAACCAAAGGCUUCACAGACGCCACUCUCUUUCUGGGCUUUGUUGAUCAGACGGUCGGCGGAGUUCAAUGGUGCUAGUUCUUUGGAUGGUUUCACACACACACACACUGGGAGAGACACACACACAGGCAGACACACACACACCAGCCCAGAUAUUUUCUGCUGUGGCUGGAUGAGUGAUCCUGACUGUUCUUCCUACUUACAGUAAAUACACUUUCCCUCUCUGCCUUCUGUGCCUUUGCAGUUCAUGAAUAAAAAAACAGAUAUUAGUUUAGUCCUUGAAAUACUGCAGGAUUAUGAGAACUGCUUCCCUUGCAGAACGUUAAUGGCAGUUUCAAGGACAUUGGCUUUGUGUGUUUUCUCUAAAAUGUCAGUGUACAUACUGAAAGAUUUAGUUGUUGGCCUUGCAUUGUAAAGUUAGACAAUGUGAUUCUGUGCUGAACCAUCUAAAAUAGAAUGAUUUGAUUGGAUUAUGUGGUAGAGUAUUCAUUAUUAUCAAAUGUCUGUCAUGGCUGACCUGUUUUACUACUGCUGCUGUCUGCACAAUAUAACAGAUAAAUGACUGUAAUAUUUAUACUGUCUCAAAUUCACACCAUUGGUCUUUUACCUAACCCAGUGUCUGUCACGAUCGUCAUAAUGAGUAGACCAAGGCGCAGCGUGAUAUGCGUACAUCUUCUUUAAUAGAGUACUAGCAACACGAUACAAAAUACAAAACAACAAAACGAAACGUGAAGUCCUCGGUCAUGAACACAAACCAACACGGAACAAGAUCCCACAAAACACAAGUGCACAACAGGCUGCCUAAGAAUGGUUCCCAAUCAGAGACAACAAGCAACAGCUGAUUCUCGUUGCCUCUGAUUGAGAACCACCCCGGCCAACUUAGAAAACACAUGAACUAGAAACAGAACAUAGAACACAAAACAUAGACCCUACACACCCUGGCUCAACAUAUAAGAGUCCCCAGAGCCAGGGCGUGACAGUACCCAACAGGGGAGGGGCCGGGUGGGCAUUCCGCCUCGGAGGCGGAUCCGGCUCCGGGCGUGACCACCACCCUCUAACAACCCCCCCGUAGCGCCGCUGGUCUGGUCUGGCCCCGCUGACUGGAGCUGGACUGGACAUCGGUGGAGCGGAUUGCUUAGGCUCCGGUGUGGAGCAGCUGACCGGUACCUGACCAGGCACCGGUGAAACAGGCACGGGCUGUGCCGGACUGACGACGCGCACCACAGGCUUGGUGCGGGGAGCAGGGACGGGCCGGACCGGGCUGGCAACGCGCACCACAGGCUUGGUGCGGGGAGCAGGAAUGGGACGGACCGGGCUGACGAAGCGCACCACUGGCUUGGUGCGGGGAGCAGGAACAGGCCGGGCCGGGCUGACGACGCGCACCAUUUGCUUGGUGCGGGGAGCAGGAAUGGGCCGGACCGGGCUGACGAAGCGCACCACUGGCUUGGUGCGGGGAGCAGGAACAGGCCGGGCUGACGACGCGCACCAUAGGCUUGGUGCGGGGAGCAGGAACAGGCCGGGCCGGGUUGGCGACGCGCACCAUUGGCUUGGUGCGGGGAGCAGGAACGGGCCGGGCCGGGCUGGCGACGCGCACCUUUGGCUUGGUGCGGGGAGCAGGAACAGGCCGGACCGGGCUGGCGACGCGCACCACAGGCUUGGUGCGAGGGGCAGGAACAGGCCGGGCCGGGCUAGCGACGCGCACCACAGGCUUGGUGCGAGGGGCAGGAACAGGCCGGGCCGGGCUGGGAACACACACCACUGGCCUUGUGUGGGGAUCAGGAACGGGCCGGACCGGACUGGUAACACACCUCUACCUCUCGCCGUGCCUCUACACUCUCCUUCCCUCUACUGACCAAUGGCCCCUGUAAGCUGGUGGCCUUCUCUCCUCGUCCACAAACUCGCCCUUUAUCUGCCUCCAGCAGCCCCGUCGUCCAUGCCGUGUGCCCCCCCAAAAAAUAUUAUUGGGGGUGCCUCUCGCCUGUCCGACGACGGCCCGGUUGGCGCCGCUUCUCCUCUCCUGCCUGGGUCUCCCCCUUCAUCGCCCUCCGGUAACGGACGGCCUCCUCCUCCGUGAUCUGCCCCCAACCGAGGAGGACAUCCACUAACGUUACCUCCGGCGUUUGCUCCUGGACACGCUGCUUGGUCCUGUAUGGGUGGGAUCUUCUGUCACGAUCGUCAUAAUGAGUAGACCAAGGCGCAGCGUGAUAUGCGUACAUCUUCUUUAAUAGAGUACUAGCAACACGAUACAAAAUACAAAACAACAAAACGAAACGUGAAGUCCUCGGUCAUGAACACAAACCAACACGGAACAAGAUCCCACAAAACACAAGUGCACAACAGGCUGCCUAAGAAUGGUUCCCAAUCAGAGACAACAAGCAACAGCUGAUUCUCGUUGCCUCUGAUUGAGAACCACCCCGGCCAACCUAGAAAACACAUGAACUAGAAACAGAACAUAGAACACAAAACAUAGACCCUACACACCCUGGCUCAACAUAUAAGAGUCCCCAGAGCCAGGGCGUGACAGUGUCAUAUAGGCUAGUAUUAAAGCCGACUGUCAGUUGAUAUAGAAUCUGAUGUAGGCCUAUAGAAUAAGUGGACUAUUUGACACAUAAUGUAAUGGCACUAUUGAGUUGUAUUGACAUACUCUUCUCCAUACUGUACGUAUUAUCCAGUGUUCAUCAGCUCAUAUAUGAAGAUGAAAUGUGAAUCCACCUUGCUCUUUGCAGAUUGAGAUGCCUGGUGAAGCAGCUGGACAAGGGAGAAGUGAACGUGGUGGACCUGAGGAAGAAUAUAGAGUAUGCAGCCUCUGUUCUAGAGGCAGUCUAUAUCGAUGAAACCAGGUGGGUGCAUUUCAAUUAAAUUCCAUUCCAUGCAUGACUACAUCAAGUAUAUUGCACUCUCUGCACCGCUGAAGGUACAGGAAAGAACUGCGCAAAUACAACUCACACUAUUAUUAUUAUUAUUAUUAUUAUUAUUUAUUAUUAUUAAUUAUUAUGAAGUUACAGGAAAGAACGGCACGAAUACAACUCACAGAAAAUGUGUGCGUGCGCGCGCAUAUGUGUGGUGAAGCCAGAGACAGGGAGAGAACGUCGGGGGGGAAUGUCUGUCUUCAAAAGGGAUGAAAGAUAAACUGAAAGGAGAGCUGAUCCACUCCCUGCUUUACUUCUUCAACUCCAUAUGUGAAGCUUUCCAUCUCUCCAUGGAGGAGACUAUUAAACUCGAUUCUAACUGAGCCCCACCCCCCUCAGUCUGGGCUGUUGUGGCUGUAGUUGUUGAUGCAGACUGCAGUGUGUCAGCUCAGCUGUGCUCUCCAACGAUACGCAGGUGUUUGCAUAGCCUGUAGACUGAUUGCAUGCAGGCAUGUUAACAGAGCUCAUGUUCAACAUCUCUCUCUCUCUACUUCUGUCUUUCUCUCUCUUACCCCCUCUCUCUUUCUACCUCUGUCUUUCUUACUUUCCCUCCCUCUCUCUCUCUCUCUCUGUCUCUCUCUCUCUACCUCUGUCUUUCUCUUGCUCGCCCUCUCUCUUUCCCUCUCUCUCUCUCUCUCUCGCUCGCCCUCUCCCUCUCUCUCUCUCUCUUUCUCUCUCUCUCUCUCUCUCUCUCUCUACCUCUUUAGUCUUUCUCUUGCUCGCCCUCUCUCUUUCCCUCCCUCUCUCUCUCUCUCUCUCUCUCUCUCUCUCUCUCUACCUCUUUAGUCUUUCUCUCGCUCGCCCUCUCUCUCUCUCUCUCUCUCUCUGUCUUUCCCUCGCUCGCCCUCUCUCGCCCUCUCUCUCUCUCUCUCCCUCUCUGUCUUUCCCUCGCUCGCCCUCUCCCUCUCUCUCUCUCUCUGAGGCCCCAAGUCUAUCUCCCUCACUUUAGUAUUCAUUAACAAGGCUUUGGUCCUCAGUGCUAGAACUCUCUUCAAUCACCACAUUACAAGGCAUGUUUGCCAGAAAGCACUGCUACAGUCCCAGAAGAUUGAUCCAAACAAAAUAAUGAAGUCGUUCUUUGUGUGCAUCCCAAAUGACGUUUAUUCUUUUUCUUUUUUACAGUCGCUCAGUUUUACAAUUUCAGAAUAAUUACUUGCAGAAGGAAGUCCUGUCCUGCACCCGUAUCACCAUUCUAUACACCUCAUUUCCUUACAUUAGCAUCUAAUCUAAUGUUGGCACUAUAAUCACAUCACGAAAAAUAUCUGCCUCUCUUUUCCUUCAUUGGCCACAUUUUCAUGAAGACUGAAGAUCUGUUUUCCGGUUAAUAAAUGGCUAUUUUCCUCAGUAAAACAAGAUGACUCACUGUGAGAAAGGAAGAAGGGAAACAAAACAAACUGCAGUGGAAAGAGAACCUGUCAGUUAACACUUCAUUCAGUUAGAACUCCAUUCAGCCUUCAGAAAGACAUUUACUGGAGAUCACAUAGCUCCAUACCAGGACAGGUAAACAGACAUUUACAAGACCCAAUAUACCUGGCCUCUCAACUCAUUACAUUACAGUCACCAAUGGAAAAACAUUAACAUAUUUUAAGGCGUGUCUUGUAAGAGGCUAUAUUUGUUGCACCCAUGAGUGAGAAUGCUGUAUUCCCCACAGAAUACGGUAAUAUACUGUAUUUUAGGAAUUCUACAAACCUUUUCCUAAAACUCUACAGUAACUUACUGGCCAAUUGUUGCCAGUAAGUGACUGUAAUUACGAUUAUAGUACCAUACUGCAGUUUUGGAGGGCCAAAAACCUUUUGAACACUAGUGGGUGCAUGGUAUUGUUGUUUCUCACUCAUUAACAUAUUUUGAGGUGUGUCUUGUAAGAGGUUAUAUUUUUAGCAGCCAUUAGUUAAGAGUCCUGUAUCAAUUUAUGUGAUAUGUGGUGGUAGUUCCAUAACAAUUAAAUGUAUAUAGGGAACAGAUCAGACUGGUAGUGGGUCUUAAUUGGUUUAAUGUUUGAAUAUUUACCCCUAUCCAUUUGAUCUGUUUUGCCCUGUAAUCGUCCAGUUUAGAAGUCUUUGUUUAGGCCUCUAGAAGUGCAAGUGAUAUAAAACACCUAGUAUUUAUUAAUAUGCAAAUGCCUACAGACAACCUGCUUUCUCUAAUCCCUUGUAAUUACAGUAAAAUAAUGUAUAAAUAAUUUUCUUACAGUUUAGUAGUCACUUUUACUGUAUUGAACUGUGUUUCAUUCCUCUGGCGUCAAGUUACCAUGAAUAUCUCAGUAUUGUAUUGGCACCAUCCAGUGAUGGUCAGAGAUAUCAUAAGAUAUAUUGUUGUAAUUACAAUUAUUUUGAAGACCAAUGUAUCCUUUGCUACAACAACAUUUUCAGUAAUAGUUACAGAAUGUUUUUACUUGCUUUGACUGUGAUGUUUUUUUUUAUCAACCUUGGUUGAAUGCACUGACUGUAAGUUGAUAAGGACAAGAGCUCCCGCUAAAUGACCUAAAUGGUAAUGAAUAUGGUACAGAUUGGUUUCCCACACCCUAAGGUGUAAAACAAGGAGACGCCUUAUCACUGACUCUGUUAUGUUUAUUCAUGAUUUGGCAAAAGACAUCAAAUCAAACUGUAUUGGUCAUACGCUCCGAAUAUAUACAAGGAGUACCAGUACCGAGUCAAUGUGCAGGGGUACAAGGUAGUUGAGGGAAUUGAGGUAAUAUAUUAUGUACAGUGCAUUCGGAAAGUAUUCAAACCCCUUGACUUUUUCCACAUUUUGUUACGUUAUAGCCUUAUUGUAAAAUAGAUUAAAUAAAACAUUUUCCCCAUCAAUCUACACACAAUACCCCAUAAUGACAAAGCGUACCUUAUUUACAUAAGUAUUCAGACCCUUUGCCAUGAGACUCUACAUUUAGCUCAGGUGCAUCCUGUUUCCACUGAUCAUCCUUGAGAUGUUUCUACAACUUGGUAAAUUCAAUUGAUUGGACAUGAUUUGGAAAGGCACACACCUGUCUAUACAAGGUCCCACAGUUGACACUGCAUGUCAAAGCAAAAACCAAGCCAUGAGGUCGAAGGAAUUGUCCGUAGCGCUCCGAGGCAGGAUUGUGUCGAGGUUGUGUUUUUGGCAGCAUUGAAGGUCCCCAAGAACAUAGUGGCUUCCAUCAUUCUUAAAGUUUGGAACCACCAAGACUCGUCCUAGAGCUGGCUGCCCGGCCAAACUGAGCAAUCGGGGGGAGAAGGGCAUUGGUCAGGGAGGUGACCAAGAACCCGAUGGUCACGCUGACAGAGCUCCAGUGUCCUUCUGUGGAGAUAGGAUAACCUUCCAGAAGGACAACCAAACUCUGCAUUCCACAGUAAGAACAUCAUACCAAAGGUCAAGCAUGGUAGUGGUGGUGUGAUGGUUUGGGGAUGCUUUGCUGCCUCAGGACCUGGACGACUUGCCUUAAUAGAAGGAACCAUGAAUUCUGCUCUGUAUCAGAGAAUUCUACAGGAGAAUGUCAGACCAUCCGUCUGUGAGCUGAAGCUGAAGCGCAGCUGGGUCAUGCAGCAAGACAAUGAUCCAAAACACACAAUCAAGUCUACAUGAAAAUUGCUCAAAAGCAACAAAUUGGAUGUUUUGGAAUGGCCUAGUCAAAGUCCAGACCUAAUCCCAAUUGAGAUGUUGUGGCAGGACUUGAAACGAGCAGUUCAUGCUUGAAAACCCACACGUCAUUGAGUCAAAGCAGUUCUGCAUGGAAGAGUGGGCCAAAAUUCCUCCACAGCGACGUGAGAGACUGAUCAACAACUACAGGAAGCAUUUGGUUGGAGACAUUGCAGCUAAAGGUGGCACAACCAGUUAUUGAGUGUAAGGGGGCAAUUACUUUUUCACACAGGGGAAUUGGGUGUUGCAUAACUUUGUUUAUGAAAUAAAUGAAAUAAAUAUGUAAUUGUUGUGUUAUUUGUUCACUUAUGUUCCCUUUAUCUAAUAUUAGGUUUUGGUUGAAGAUCUGAUAACAUUCAGUAUCACAAAUAUGCAAAAGUAGAGAAAAUUAGAAAGGGGGCAAAUACUUUUUCAUAGCACUGUAUGUAUACAGAUUGUGUGUAGGUCAGUCUCACACUGUAAUCUUCUCUUAGUGCCAGAUCGGGUUCAAACGCCUUCCGUUUAAUUUUUCUGGAUUUAUUUGUAUUAUUUUUACUGCUCUCUAGGGUUAUUAGUAUUGCUUGGAUAACCUUAUUUACUAUUAUGUAUUGCUUUCUUUUCAUUCUUUAUGAGGUAUAGGAUAGUAUGGUGCUGGUACAUUUGUGUAACGUGUUCCAAGUGCCCUGUAGUGUGACUCUGUCCCUUGAUGUCCCCCUCCCAGACGUCUUCUGGACACUGAGGAUGAGCUCAGUGACAUCCAGGCGGACUCUGUGCCCAUGGAGGUGCGUGAUUGGCUGGCCUCGACCUUCACCAGGAAGAUGGGUGUGGUCAGGAGGCGACCCGAGGAGAAACCACGAUUCAGGAGCAUCGUCCAUGCCGUGCAGGCUGGCAUCUUCGUCGAGAGGUACACACACAUGUUUGUUUUACUGUCCUUGUGGGGACAAAAAUAAUUGAUUCCCAUUCAAAAUCCUGUUUUCCUUAACUUAACCUUAAACCCCAUAAACCUACUGUAACUUGUAGCCCUAAUAGUAACUCUAACCCCUAAGCCUAAAAUAGCCUUUUUCCUUGUUUUACUAUUCCUUGUGGGGACUUCUGGUCCCCACAAGGAUAGUAAAACCAAACACACACACAAACACACGCUCUCUUCUUCGUUGAGAGGUUGUACUUUCAUGAGGCAUGGGAAAAUAAACCUAUAAGAGAAUUACAGUAGGAUAUUUAUAUUGAUAAGUAUACAGAGACAUGUAAGUACAGAUAAGUACAAAAACAACAUACCAUCAAACCAUCAACACUUUAUUAGAAGCUCCUAUGAAUUGCUUCAGAGGUAGUGUUGUUUCUUAAAAGGAAAACACAACUGUCAUUCUGCCUUUUAACAGAAAAUGGUUAUUAUUAAAAACCUGCUUAUUUCCACUAAGUGGGCACAAACAUAAAUGGUGGCUUUUAGUUGUAGUGUUGCUCUUAGAAGGAAAGAAUAACUGACAUUCUGCCAGUCAAUAGAUAUGGACAUUAGUGAAAUGUGCAUACUCUUUCUUGAGCAUAACUGCCUACUUACAGUGGGCACCAACAUGAAUAUAUAAACAUAAUAUUCAGCAAAGUGUCUCAAUCUCCUUAAGAGCUGCUGCUAGGGCCUGUGUCUCACUCUUAUUCCCAUGGCAACUACCAGGCUAUUUCAAUGUGCCAUAGACACCUGUUGGAAACAAUCCUCUAUCUUUAUCUCCUGGAGCUGAAUAUUACAAAAUGAAAGCCACAAUGCAGGUAUUUGAGAUUUCAUGCUCGGUUCGACAGUUGGAAUUUGUAUUUCUUAGUUUAUUUCUCAAAUUAGUCAAACUUAAUAGGUUAAUGCUUAAUGCGUUUUGAUGGUUUCUUCUUUAGUGGCCAACAGUAUAAUUUGAGUUAUAAAAUGUGUGUUGUAAUUCCAUAUGUUAAGAAUGUUGUAAGAUCUGUCCGUCAGACAGUAUGGUCUCUUCAGCCCAGAUUCUCCUGUGAAAAACAGGUCUAUGAUUUCAAAAAUUCUCAGAGAAGAGGAGAGAGGAGAAUACAGUCAAUACCCAGCAUGCCAGAUUCCUCUUCUUCUUCUUUAUUAUGAACUACACGUAGGUUGAGUUCCAAAUUGUACCCUGUUCCCUAUAUAGUGCACUACUUUUGACCAAGGCCCAUAGAGAAUAAGGUGCCAUUUGGGACAUAACCCUCUUCUCUUUAAUUAGCUUGGCUGGGUUCAGACAUGUCGCACCUUUCUUUGUUGCUGUUUCCAAAGCCCAAAUACAGUCUUUCUUUGGCGUUAUUUAACAGCCCUGUCUCAUCCCUCCUCCUCACCCCUUUCAACACUUUAGAUUUUUUAAAUGUAACUACUGUUGAUCCCACCGUUACUGGUUAUUGUUGAAAACUGAGGUAUUGUGGCUUUAUGAGACUGUAGCAUUUUUAUACCGUAAUGGGUAGUAUACAAUUGAAAUCAUCAGCCAUUGUUUGUUGUCCAUGUGUGUACAGUUUUCUAUGUAUACAAAGUAAAUGUAUAGGAGCUGCCACAGCAGGCAAAACUGACUGAAAUGAAAUAUUUACAACCACUAAUCAUUCGAACAUUGUUUCAACCCGAUUUGCCCGCUGGGCAUAUUGCAGUUCUAUUGUGUAACCACCUAAUGAUUGUGUAUCUGUCUUCAGGAUGUACAGACGGACGUCUAACAUGGCUGGGCUGACGUACCCUCCAGCUGCCAUCACUACUCUGAAGGUGCUUGAUUCAUCAUAUUACCAUUAUUAUGCCUACUAUACCGCAGGGGUAGGCAAGCCGAUUUUUGUCAGAGCAGAUGGUCGGGGGCUGAAGUAUAAUUCUAAUCACAUUUUGUACACUACAAAUUUACCAUGAGUAAGCCCAAGAAGAGAUUGAAUUUUUAAAUAACAAUCAUUUCAUACCUUGAUUACAUUGAGACAUGAUCACGUCUUUCACUUUAUAUGUGGGCAUAUUUGGGAACAGAUUUCCUCAAUUACAAUGAUUUUAGCUGAAUUCCUGGUGAUUUUAUAUAAUUUUUUGAGAUGGGAAUGAUGACAUUUUAAAACAUUACAGGGAUAAUAAACUGUGUCAUAUCAUUCAUAAUGAUUACAGAAUACAGCCUUUAUUACAGCUGUACAAGAUGUACCUGACUUUACAGCUGUUUAGACUUUAUCAUAACUUCAUCCUAUUCUGACAUCCAUAGAGAUGAUGUCAGAAUGUGUUAUUGUGUAUAAGUAAUAUGUUUUAUUUUAUAGAACCCAAUGUGUGUUCUAUUUAAUUAUUUGCUGUCAUCAUCCCUGACAUCAUCUGAUUGUUUACAGGAUGUAGAUAACUGGUCCUUUGAUGUGUUUGCGCUCCACGAGGCCAGCAGUGAACACGCAUUAAAGUUCCUGGUGUACGAACUCCUCACCCGCUAUGAUCUGAUCAAUCGCUUCAGGGUUAGUCUCUCUUCAGUCUCUCUCUUGAACGUUAACAUCAGGGUGUGUGUGUGUGAGUGCAUCUAUCUGUGUGUGUGUGAGCGAUUGAACCGAGGUUUUGUAAACUUUUAAACCAGUAAUUCUGAAAGUAGCGCUCAAGAGCCAAAAAGGGUCCCUGAAAUGUGGGUAUGUGCAUGUGUCUGUUUGUGCAUGCAUGUGUGAGUGUGUUGGUAUCGUGUGUGUGUGUGUGUGUUUGUGAGUGCAUGCGUGCGUUGGUAUCGUGUGUGCGUGUGUGUGUUUGUGAGUGCAUGCGUGCGUUGGUAUCGUGUGUGUGUGCAUGUCUCUCUCAGUCCUCUGUUCUACACCACAGGCCUCUGGGUGCCUCAUGAAGACAUGGUUUAACACUCCAACCUGACACUGUUCUGUUCUCUGUUCUCAUCUCUGUCUGGUUUUAGAUGAGAGAUUGUACAUGUCCUCUGUUAGAUGAGUGGUGAGAAUAUCACCAACACUAACUGUUACUGUGCUUUGAUCCCAAUGUGAGGAUGAUCUUUUAAUAUGAUCAUAUGGUUGGACUUUACUUGAACCCUCUGUCAUAACGGCUACAUAACACUACAUAACCCUACAUGACACUACAUGACAUAACUAAGAGCAGGGCCCAGAACACACAGCAGGGCCUGAGACACACAGUAAUCUUAUGUAGCCGUAAUGUGUUACAGAUCAUACAACAGUGGCCCUCUAUUCCAAGUCAUAUUGUUUGUAGCCCCACCUUCCAAGUGAAUCCAUCAAUACCCGAUCAAGACAUAUUUACAUCUCUGUCACUUCAGCCCUGUCACCUACAGAUAGUCACCUAUAGAUAGGUCAUGUUGCACUGCUCAGACGUUGCUAGCAUCAAACAAUGGUUCAUCGACUGUGCCGUCGAGCACCAGAUUGCUAUAACAUAUGAUGUGGUUAGCUGAUACGUAAAAUACCUAUCCAGGUAUAUAUAUAUAUAUAUAUAUAUAUAUAUAUAUAUAUAUAUAUAUAUAUAUAUAUAUAUAUAUAUAUAUUCACUUACUGUAUAUAUAGUCACCCAUAUAUAGUCACCUAUAUAUAGUCACCUACAGAUAGUCACCUAUAGAUAGUCACCUACAGAUAGUCACCUAUAGAUAGUCACCUACAGAUAGUCACCUACUGUAUAUAUAUAUAUAUAUAUAUAUAUAUAUAUAUAUAUAUAUAUAUAUAUAUAUAUAUAUAUAUAUAUAUAUAUUCACUUACUGUAUAUAUAGUCGCCCAUAUAUAGUCACCUACAGAUAGUCACCUAUAGAUAGUCACCUAUAGAUAGUCACCUACAGAUAGUCACCUAUAGAUAGUCACCUACAGAUAGUAACCUACAGAUAGUCACCUAUAUAUAGUCACCUACAGAUAGUAACCUACAGAUUGUCGCCUACAGAUUGUCACCUACAGAUAGUCACCUACAGAUAGUCACCUAUAGAUAGUCACCUACAGAUAGUCACCUAUAGAUAGUCACCUACAGAUAGUCACCUAUAGAUAGUCACCUACAGAUAGUCACGUGUGGGUUGUGUACUUCACAGCCAUACUGUCAUACUGUUCCUAGAAUUCAAUGUGACAGUUAGGCUUUAAAUGGACAUUAAAAUAUCUGGAGGAGCUCAGCUCUUUCAUUGUGAAUGUGAACGUGUGUAAUGCAUGAUGCUCAUAUUUGGAUUUAGGAAGAGUAGUGUUCUGGGCCAUGCUCUGCUCUUAGUCUGAUUAAACAAUAGGAGUUAAGCUUGCACACAAGCAACAGUACAUGUACACGAAGCCCCCACACGUGUAUCUCUUUAUCUCUCCAGCUUCAUUGUAGGAAAGAUAACUCCAGCACACAUAACAAUUUGGACAAUAAACAAUGUGCAGAUGUAAUACAGUAUAUUGCAGGAGUGUGCAGAAGUUAUAUUUUCUGUAAUGAAGUCUGCUCUGGGGAUGUAAUUCCCUGCACUAUACAUUUGAAAAGUAUAGUGAUGUGUGUGAUAACAUUUCACUUCUGUCGCUCCAGUUGCCUGGAACUCACUGUGUUAGUGGUUGUCUGUGGUGAAACUGGCCCUCCCUGACCCAGCACGGAGCCAUUCACCUUCCUGUUGUUCAUCUAGCUGAAACUUUGAGCUCUGGCUUCUGUUUCUGUCUUUUUAAAAUGGUGAUCUUUGAUUAAAAGGCAGAACAUACUUGAUUUUUGAAAUAAUUUUUUGGGGGAGUGUGUCCCAUCCUUAUCAUUUAUCAGGCAGGCCUAACCUCCCUGUUCUUCCCCAGAUUCCAGUGUCAUCUCUGGUGUAUUAACCUCCCUGUUCUAACCCAGAUACCAGUGUCAUCUCUGGUGUCUUAACCUCCCUGUUCUAACCCAGAUACCAGUGUCAUCUCUGGUGUCUUAACCUCCCUGUUCUAACCCAGAUACCAGUGUCAUCUCUGGUGUCUUAACCUCCCUGUUCUAACCCAGAUACCAGUGUCAUCUCUGGUGUCUUAACCUCCCUGUUCUAACCCAGAUACCAGUGUCAUCUCUGGUGUCUUAACCUCCCUGUUCUAACCCAGAUACCAGUGUCAUCUCUGGUGUCUUAACCUCCCUGUUCUAACCCAGAUACCAGUGUCAUCUCUGGUGUCUUAACCUCCCUGUUCUAACCCAGAUCCCAGUGUCAUCUCUGGUGUCUUAACCUCCCUGUUCUAACCCAGAUACCAGUGUCAUCUCUGGUGUCUUAACCUCCCUGUUCUUCACCAGAUACCAGUGUCAUCUCUGGUGUCUUAACCUCCCUGUUCUAACCCAGAUCCCAGUGUCAUCUCUGGUGUCUUAACCUCCCUGUUCUUCACCAGAUACCAGUGUCAUCUCUGGUGUCCUUCGUAGAGGCUCUAGAGGUAGGCUACAGCAAACACAGAAACCCCUACCACAACCUGAUCCACGCUGCUGACGUCACACAGACGGCACACUAUCUGAUGCUCCACACUGGCAUUAUGGUGAGUCUCUCACACACACACGUUUGUGCAAUGAAUUGUCCCCCAGCAACAUAGACAGAUCAAAGGACAGGUUCCGAUUGUGUUUCUUGUUACAAUCUCUCUCUCACUCACAGCACUGGCUCACUGAACUGGACAUCCUAGCCAUGGUGUUUGCUGCAGCUAUCCAUGACUUUGAACACACUGGGACAACCAACAACUUUCACAUUCAGACCAGGUGUGUGUGUCCGUAUUCUACUGUCAGUAGAUCUUUUCAUUCCUGAAGUUUGACACAACAACCCUUAGCUAAUGCUGACCAGACCACACGCGCGCAUGUUGAUUUUGUCCACCCACACCAGACGCGAUCAGGACACACACUUUGAAAUAUCAAAACAAACUCUGAACCAACUAUAUUAACUUCGGGAUAGGUCGAAAACCAUUAAACAUGUAUGGCAAUUUAGCUAGCUAGCUUGCUGUUGCUAGCUAAUUUGUCCUGGGAUAUAAACAUUGGGUUGUUAUUUUACCUGAAAUGCGCAAGGUCCUCUACUCUGACAAUUAAUCCACAGAUAAAAGUAUAAACCGAGUGAGUUUCUAGUUCUCUCCUCCUUCAGGCUUCUUCUUCUUCUUUGGAAUUUAUAUGGCAGUUGGCAACCAACUUUAUGGUACAUUACUACAACCAACUGGACUGGAGCGUAGACAUCAGUUCAUCUUUCAAUCACCCACGUGGGUAGAUGCUCCUAAAAACCAAUGAGGAGAUGGGAGAGGCAGGACUUGCAGCGUGUUGAGCGUCACAAAUAGAACUGAGUUCUAUUUUAGCGCCUGGCCACGCAGAUGCUCGUUGACGCACAUGAACAGUGUGGGUGCAAUAAUUGAAUAACAUGUAUGUGUACAUUUAUUUUGCAACACGAGCGGUGUGGUCAGCAUGUUAACUACUGUACCACUGGUGAUCGACCUUAUAGACUGAGUGAUGACUCAACAAUAAUUAUUUAUUGUAAUUUCCAUUCAUUCCAUUUGAUUCCAUCCUACCAAUACCAAUGUUAAACUGAAGAUGUCCCUGUAUUGUACUUUUAGUACAUCACUUGCCUCCCAGACAGACAGACAGACUCUGUAUUGCUCUGACCCUGGCUAAUGAAUGCCAAUGGUAAAGGCACCCAUUUAAAGAAUCCAUUAAAGUGAAGUGUACAAUAAGAAUACUCAAUAUUGCAGCAUUGACCUCAGUGAUAAGGGAUAGCAACAAAAGAGAGAGUGAGCGUGAAAGAGAGAGAGAGCGAUUAAACCCUUCAUUUAGUUUAAACCUCUGCAUGGCUUUCUAGUCUAAUAACAAUUGAUCAGAAAGGCCUCUGGUGUGUUAGACGUGAGGGUUGUUGUGUGGUGAGAUGGAAAAUGAAGGUAUUGUUCAAACUCCCCCUCUGUGAUUAUGUGUUCUAAUCUCCAGACUGAAAUGAGGUUUCUCAACAGGAAAAUCUGGAAUUCUCAAAUCGCUACCAUCUCAAAUCGCUACCAUCGCUAUCGUAUCAUAAUCACUAUCGUCAUUUCAAACCUGGUUGGAAUUAAAGUCGCUUCAACCUGGGUACUGUUUCCAUACAAGUUGGCUACCUGGUAAAGUAAUCCAGCCUGGAAAGCCCCAUGUGGCACAAUGAAUAAUCACACCUUCUCUUCCCUUUCUUCUGCUCCUUCUCUUCCUCUAUCCAGGUCAGAGGUGGCCAUCCUGUACAACGACCGGUCAGUCCUGGAGAACCACCAUGUCAGUGCUGCCUACAGACUUAUGCAAGAAGAUGAGAUGAACAUACUGGUCAACCUGUCAAAAGAUGACUGGCGGUGAGUUAAGAAAGACUGCUCACAUCCUCAGUCUUUGGGGUUUUAGGCUGGGUUUCUGUACUUUGUGACAACUGCUGAUGUAAAAAGGGCUUUAUAAAAUGCAUUUGAUUAAUUGAUUGAGAUCAACACUUCAAAGAACGAAGGGGCUAGAAAUGUAACAUAACCGGGAUACUUAGCCUUGAUUCUAGGUUUGGAUACGAAUGUAGUGUGGUGUAUGUCAAUGCAAGACUAUUAUAUAACCUGGAUGAUAGAUAGAAUAUGUCACAUUCAAUCAAUCAAUCAAUCAAACUACAUGAUCAAAAGUAUGUGUACACCUGCUCAUCAAACAUCUAAUUCCAAAAUCAUGGGUAUUAAUAUGGAGUUGGUCCCCCUUUUGCUGCUAUAACAGCCUACACUCUUCUGGGAAGGCUUUCCACUAGAUGUUGGAACAUUGCUGCGGGGACUUGCUUCCAUUCAGCCACAAGAACAUUAGUGAGGUCAGGCACCGCUGUUGAGCGAUUAGGCCUGGCUCGCAGUUGGCGUUCCAAUUCAUCCCAAAGGUGUUCAAUGGGGUUGAGGUCAGGGCUCUGUGCAGGCCAGUCAAGAUCUCGACAAACCAUUUCUGUAUGGACCUCACUUUGUGCACGGGGCAUUGUCAUGCUGCAACAGGGAAGGGCCUUCCCCAAACUGUUGCCACAAAGUUGGAAGCACAGAAUUGACUAGAAUGUCAUUGUAUGCUGUAGCGUUAAGAUUUUCCUUCGCUGGAACUAAGGCACCUAGCCUGAACCAUGAAAAACAGCCCCAGACCAUUAUUCCUCCUCCACCAAACUUUACAGUUGGCACAAUGCAUUCGAGCAGGUAGCGUUCUCCUGGCAUCCGUCAAACCCAGAUUCGUCCAUCGGACUGCCAGAUGGUGAAGCGUGAUUCACUGCUCCAGAGUCCAAUGGGGCGAGCUUUACACCACUCCAGCCAACGCUUGGCAUUCGCAUGGUGAUCUUAGGCUUGUGUACGGCUGCUCGGCCAUGGAAACCCAUUUCAUGAAGCUCCCAACGAGCAGUUCUUGUGCUGACGUUGCUUCCAGAGGCCGUUUGGAACUCGGUAGUGAAUGUUGCAACCGAGACAGACGAUUUUUACGCACUACACGCUUCAGCACUCAGCGGCCCCGUUCUGUGAGCUUGUGUGGCCUACCACUUUGCGUCUGAGCCAUUGUUGUGCCUAGACGUUUCCACUUCACAAUAACAGCACUUACAGUUGACCGGGGCAGCUCUAGCAGGGCAGAAAUUUGACGAACUGACUUGUUGGAAAGGUAGCAUCCUAUGACGGUGCCACGUUGAAAGUCACUGAGCUCUUCAGUAACGCCAUUCUAAUGCCAAUGUUUCUAUGGAGAUUGCAUGGCUGUGUGCUUGAUUUUAUACACCUGUCAGCAGCAGGUGUGGCUGAAAUAGCCAAAUUCACUCAUUUGAAGGGGUGUCCACAUACUUUUGGUCAUGUAAUGUAUGACCUUUAUAUGGCACAUCUGCCCUGGCCGACUCAGCAAGUAGAGCUCUUGAGGGAGUUAUAGGAAAAACAAAAACACUCAAAGAUAUUGGUUAUGCCAGCCUAAAACCCCAAAGAGCAAGCGAUGCAGAUGUAUAAGCACGGUGGCUAGGAAAAACUCCCUAGAAAUACAGGAACCUAGGAAGAAACCUGGAGAGAAACCAGGCUCUGAGGGGUGGUUAGUCAUCUUCCGGCUGUGAUUCAGUGAUUAUGGAAAGUCCCACAGCUCACCCGAUCAGUAGGUACUGUAUGAAAAUGAUAUGCUAAUGACUGAGGUUUGUCGGAAGAAGCGGUGCAAGACAUCACACUGUGUUCUUGUCCUGGAGAAUCCAAGAACAGCUGGAGUGGAGGCUAGGUGGAAACUGACCCUGUUCUCCUGUGUGUGUUUCCAGAGAGCUACGGAUCCUGAUGAUUGAGUACAGACAUGUCCUGCCAUUUUUCUUUAACCUAACUCUAACCUGUCUGUCUGUCAGAGAACUGCGGACCCUGGUGAUUGAGAUGGUGAUGAGUACAGACAUGUCCUGCCAUUUCCAGCAGAUCAAAACCAUGAGGAAUGCCCUGCAGCAGCCCGAGGGGUGAGUGGACUGUCUCAGGACCCUGACCUAUGACCCCUAACCCCUGAACCCUUAGCCCUGACCCCUAAACCCUAACCUCUAACCCCAGCUCUCUGGACCAUGCCUUUCAUCUCAAUCCUUUAUGUGUCCCUGUAUGAUGUCCCUGUGUGUGUGUGUGUGUCCCCCUGUAUGAUGUCCCUGUGUGUGUGUGUGUGUGUGUGUGUGUGUGUGUGUGUGUGUGUGUGUGUGUGUGUGUGUGUGUGUGUGUCUGUGUGUGUGUGUGUGUGUGUGUGUGUGUGUGUGUGUGCGUCUGUCUGUCUGUCUGUCUUGUGUGUAUCUGAUGUACUGUUGUCUGUGUGGUUGAUUGACAGAGUAGACCAGGCUAAAGCCCUACUGUAUCUCUGAUGCUGUCUGUCUGUCUGUCUGUCUGUCUUAGUGUAUCAGUGUCUCAGUAUUUGUGUUAGCUGAUGUACUGUUGUUUCUACAGAGUAGACAAGGCUAAAGCCCUGUCUCUGAUGCUGCAUGCAGCUGACAUCAGCCACCCAGCCAAGGCCUGGAAGCUGCACUACCGAUGGACACAGGCCCUGAUGGAGGAGUUCUUCAGACAGGUACAGUACAAACAUAGUCCUACCUUACAGUCCCUGACAGAUACUAUGGGAGAGGGAAACUUGACCACUGUAUUAUGGAUGUAUCCCACUUCUGACACCUGUAUUGCUAAGGAUAUGGGAUACCAUUCCAAUAGAUUUAGGAAUAUAUUCACUUGGAUCAACUGGAUAUGUUACACAGAGCACUAUGGGUAUUGUAGUGAAUCAUGUUACAUUAUACAGUAGAGCCGCUCCUGCCCUUCUGCAUUGAUAUGGUUAUGAAGGCUGGUAUUGUUGUUUCUUACAGGGCGAUAAGGAGGUUGAGUUAGGGCUGCCAUUCUCUCCUCUGUGUGAUCGAAAAACGACCAUGAUUGCCCAGUCACAAAUAGGUGAGCGUCACACCCUAUUAUUGUCCUCCCUGUGAGCUGUUUCAUACAGCUCUGAUGGGUUUGUGUCCUCAGACAGUCCAUAGCUCAAAUGCGCCGCCAUGUGGACAUUUGAGAAACUAUCAGAUAUUUUUCCCUUGCUACGAUAAAGCAUGGGAAUCUUCACUGCCUGUCAUCAUAAAUUACAUUUGCUGUAACAUCACAGACUGUUUUUUCUCCUGUUUCUCUGAAAAGUACAAUCAUCAGUUUCUCUGUCUGUCUCCCAGGGUUCAUUGACUUCAUAGUAGAACCCACGUUCUCUGUGUUGGUGGACACGACAGAGAAGAUCAUUACACCUCUCAUAGAGGAUACCUUAAAGUCACACGACACUGGCGUCCGCAGGUCAAGGUGAGACACAUUCCCAAUAUUAUAAACUCUGGAAAAUCACAGUUUUCGCAGCUUACAGUUUUCCCAGUUUAGCAUGUCUGAUGUAUUCAAAAUGCCUACCAGUAUCACCCACACUCAGAAUUUCUCUAUCUUCUAUCUCUAUGGUCGAUCUAAGCUGUGGAAUAAGCAACCAAGUAUUACUCAAGUGUUUUCUGUUCUAUACAAUAUGUCCAUAUUAGGACAGCCUCACAAAGACUUGGUGUCAGAGUCAUUCUGACUUACGGCGUCAACAUAUAUUUGACAGAAUGGACGUAAUUUGACAGAGUUUCUGUUUUAUGUUGCUUGUUGGUUCAGUUUGACAGGUAGUGGGUCGGUGACGGUGGUGGAGUCAGUCCAGAGACACAGUGGUCGAGGGUCCAGCCAGGGGGUUGACCAGGGGCUCACUACAGACUAUAGCCUGACUGGCAUCGACCUGAAACGGGUCAGACACACACUGGCAGAGGUCAUCCAACACAACAAAGACCGAUGGAAGGAGCUCUCUGUACAAGGUAUAGUUGUCUUGUUGUUGUUGUUGUUAUUGUUGCUCUUCUUCUUCAGUCACCUGAAUACCUAUCCUUCUUUCAGUGUACUAUGACAUGACAUUACAUGUUCAUUCCCUUUGCUUGUGUUAUCUCGUUUCCUCAGAGUUGGCGAGGAAAGAGCGAGCUGAGUUGACUCCUGACCCAGAGGAGGAGUCCCUGAUGAACACAGAGGUUACGUUGACUCACACCAGGCCUGAGAGACACAGCCAGGAGCUCCAAUCAGAGCCAUUCAAUGAACUGAUGAACAACACAAACAAUAACUCUUCCCAGGAGGACUCAGAGCUGGACCACAGUCCUCACAGACCUCUGUCCAUGUCUGAGGAUAAAGAGACAACAUCACCUGGUUCCAUCUCUCCUGAACACCUACCAUGGAACGGUAGGAAUGUUAGCUAACGAUAUGAUACGGUAUAAUAUGAUAUGAUACAAAAUGAUAUCAUAUGAUACUAUAUACGAUAUGAUAUACGACACAAUAUACGAUAGAAUGUACAAUACAACAAUACAACAUAAUGUAGUGGAAUGUAACAUAACGCAACACAACAAAAUGCAAUACAAUACAACACAAUACAAAACAGCACAAUAGCACAGUGAAACCAACAGUCAUGCCUUUUAACUAUGCUGUUGUCCUGUCAGUAGGCUAUAGCUAUGUGGUAUUUUUCUCGUCUCUAUAAUUGUAUUGUCAGUCACGGCCAUCUGUAACCAAAUGUCGAAGAGAUAGCUGCAGAGUGGAGGGUUGUCAAGGUUACAACUGAGUGAUGCUGUGUUGUCAUGGUAACUGUUGUUGCUUGCAGGAGAAGGCCCUGGGCCAGUCCUUGAGGAGGGGGAGGAGUCUCUUCAGAGCCCUUGAUUUUGAUAGGCUACCCAACAACGCUGCCACUUCCUGAUUCAAUAGGCAUUAUAUUUGUUUGUUUUGUUUUUUUAUUGUAAAUUUGUUCUGAUUGAUUUUAUUGUUAUUUAUUAAAGAUAGGGGUCUUCAUGCUCCACUUUGCACCGCAAGUAGUUUUUGUCUAUUUUCAUUCUGUCUUUAUGAACUUCCUUCUCUUUCAGAUGGGUCUGCACAGUACACACUCACUAUAUUAGACUGCAAGCGUGAGAAUAGGACAAUCACGAUAGUGUUCUCUGUUGAUCUCAUGAGACACACAUUUUACUCGAGGUAAUAUUGGUACGUUGGCCACUAAUGUGCCUUAAUAUUACCCACUUGGGAGUGCUGUUGCAUUCCUUUCCCCUUGUAAUGCUGUUUACAUACAAUUACACUCCCUUUAUUGACACAAGAAAUACACUGACUACAUGUAUGGGUAAAAUGUUUUAUUUUUUGUUAUGGAAUCUUCACAUAAUUAAUUUGCUGAGAUAACAAUUAGCCUACUAAAAUAAUGCUGCCUGCCAUUCAGAAGAGAGGGUUUGGCAAUAGGUGUUAUAUUAAGUGUCCAUGAGGCUUUAGAAAUGACAUUUGUUUGUCAUUUUUAUACAAUAAUGAAGGAUGAAGAAACAUACAGGUUUCGCCAAGUGUUGAUAAAAUGAGUAACUUUAUUAGGACUUAAGACAACCCAGAACUCCAGAGAAGCCCCUUGUUUGCAGGACGUCUUUGUUCGUACCUCAGAGUCCUGUAGUACACAAGUCUGUUACACUGUAUGUACAAAAGCCCAGUUUCAGUAUAAAAUAUUACAAAAAUAUAUGUGAAAUAUCAGAUAUCAGCAAGUGUUUUUACAUUAUGAGAUGACAAUGUGAGAAGCCCAAAAUAUAAGAAAAUAAAAACUAAAAUCUGUAUAUUUCCAGUGAACGUUCACUGCAUAUCAGUCAGUAUUGCUGUUUAUGUUCCCCACAUAUACUCUCUUAUUACAAUAUCUAACGAUAAUCAACCAUACAUAACCAUACAUAACCAAGACUUAAAAGAAGAGUUUGAGAUGCAGUGCAGAGAAAUUAAAUUGUCCUUUCUUGACCUCAACAAUGAAGGCUGAAUAAAAUGGAUUAUCAGAUUAGAAAUGAUAACCUGAUCAAGUUUAGCUCAAUUUCUAACCAAGAGUUCUUAACCCAGUCAUGUGUAUGAACUUUGAACCAUCAGAAACAUGGUUCUACAGUUUGUGUUCCUCUUCACUUUGGAUCCUAGUUAUUCUGCUUGUCUUCCUCCUCCUCCUCUUCCUCCUCUUUCUCUUUCUCCUCCUCCUCUUCCUCCUCCCCCUCCUCUUUCUCUUCCUCCUCCUCAGGGAAGGAUACUUUUGAUUUGCUCUUGAGCAGCUUGACCCCUGGGAAUUGGACAGACAGAGUGCUGGAGGGUCAU